AUGUCUGGAUUACCACCACCUCCAUUAAACGGGCUUCCCCCGCCACCAACGAGUGGUUUUCCCUCACCACCAUCAGGUGGUAUGGGUGGAUUGCCUCCACCUCCUUUAGGCGGCAUGGGUGGAUUACCUCCAGCACCAUUAGGUACUGGUUUCGGAUCAGGACGCGGAUUACCACCGCCUCCUGGAGGAAUAUCAAGCAUUUCUAAUUCAACUUCAUUUGGAUCUGGUCGCGGAUUACCACCUCCGCCCGGAUCUGGCAAUAGCUCACCAUUCGGAUCAAGUUCUGGCCUACCACCACCUCCAGGUUCUGGAAAUGGAUUACCUCCAGCACCAUUAGGUACUGGUUUCGGAUCAGGACGUGGAUUACCACCACCUCCUGGUUCCAGUAAUGGUUUACCACCACCACUAACAAAUGGAUUACCUCCACCACCAGGAAACGGUCUACCGCCAUCACCAGGCUUUGGUUCUAAUCGCGGAUUACCACCUCCACCAAGUUCUGGCACAGGAUUGCCACCUCCACCAACAAAUUCAGGAUUACCUCCACCUCCUUUAAGUACAGGCUUUGGAUCCAGUCGUGGCUUACCACCACAUCCAUUAGGUACAGGAGUACCACCACCAGGCAGUGGAUUGCCUCCACCUCCUGGAUCUAAUAAUGCUUUUCCUCCUCCACCAGGAAUGGGCAUGAAUUCAAGAAUCGGAGCACCAGUAUCAACAAAUCUUCCAUCUGCACAAUCUGGAGGCCUUCCUCCUCCACCUCUUAGCAAUCAAUUUUCUCAACCUGCUACAUCCAAUGGUCUUCCAUCACAAGUUACAAUGAGAUUACCUCCUCCACCAAGUUCAGGCCUUCAAUCCCCACCAAUGAGCACUAGUUUUGUCUUAUCACGUGGAAUUGCCCCAAUUGGAACAAUGUUACCACAAAACAACGGACCAAACAACUUACCACCUCCACCAUUAGCAAGCGGAUUCAUUCAUCCAAUGCCAACAAACAAUUUCGCUAGCGGACAAUUGACAAUUAAAACAGGAAAUGCAGGAUUACCUCCUCCACCAUUAGCAAGCGGAUUCAUUCAUCCAAUGCCAACAAACAAUUUCGCUAGCGGACAAUUGACAAUUAAAACAGGAAAUGCAGGAUUACCUCCUCCACCAGCUACUCAAUUCAAUGUAGGUCUUCCACCACCUCCAGCAACACAAUUCAACACAGGAAUGCCUCCACCACCAGCAAGUAGCUUCCAAAGUACAAUGAUUCCAACAAAUCAGACUAUGGCAUUCCAGAGUCAGGCCAUGGCUGCACCACCGCCAGCACCAAUGUCAAUGGGAUUCCCUUCUACACCAACAACGAUGAAAGGAGAGGAAAAAGACGAUUUACCUGAAACAUCUCUUUUAAAGACAUGCAAAGUCUGUGCAAAGCCAUGCAAGGACAAAUACAUAUUCGCAUUUGGUUGCUGCUAUUGCCCAGAAUGCCUCAAAUGCGCAAAAUGUGGAAAAAUUUUGCAACCACCUGAAUGCGUCAUGUACAAAGAGCAGACAAUUUGUUUUGGAUGCGCAAAGGUCAAUGGAAAGCUCAACAGAUGUCCAGUUUGCACAGAAUUUUUGGAUGAUCCAACUGAUCUUAUCAAUUUAAGGGAUCUCGACAUGACAAUUCACAAGGAUUGCUUGAGAUGCUACGAAUGCGGUAUCAAAUUGAAGGAAGAUACUUAUCAAAUCAUUAUGAACCAAAUUUGCUGUGAAAAUUGCAAGAGAAUUGCUACACAAAGAGCAUGCAAGAGAUGCGACCAACCAAUCUUAGGAAGGUAUGUAUUCGAUAGAUCUUUUUAUUUCCAUGUAAAAUGCUUCGCUUGUUACGAAUGCGACAAACAACUCAACGGAAAGAACUUUGUUGUGCACCAUAACAGAUAUUACUGCCCAGAACAAGGCAUACGAUACUUAAAGACUUGUUCUUACUGCAGGAAUGAAAUACAACUUACAGAUUACAACAAAAUCAGAUGGCAGAACAAGUUUUACCAUAAGAGAUGCUUCUGCUGCAGAGUUUGUGGCCAAGUACUUCUCCCACAAGAUGCAGUUUGCUGCCACAACAGACCUCAUUGCAGAAGAUGCUUCGAACAAAGAGUUAGAGAGGGUGAUGUUACAGAAGAAGGAAGGACUCCAUCGGAUCAUAACCAUCGCCACAAUCCUGAAACAUCUCAGCAACAAAGACAGAGAUUUAUGAAGAAAUUCGGAUCAUCGAACUUCAAUUUACCGAGAUACGCCAACCAACAAGAAGAACAAGAAUCAGAAUCAAGCGAUGAAGAUGAACGUCAUCAUCAUAGUUCGCACCAUAGACAUUCUUCUGGAUCAUCCGAGAAAAACUCAAAGCAUGGAUCGAGAAGAGGCCACGAAAGCCACAGAGGACAUAGACACGAGUCAACAACAAGUGAUGAGCCACAGGAUAGCAGUAGUGAAGAGAAGAAUAACAGCAGCGAAGAAAAGAAUAGCAGUAGUAGCUCUGAUAAGCCUAAGAAGAGCCAUAGAUCUCAUAGAUCACAUAGACAUUAA